UUUUUUUCUUGCAUGCCCAACAAAAAUGGACAAAGCAUUCGAAUUACAAAGGCAAGUUCGGAAUGAUGUGAGGACAUUGCAAACUUAUUUAACAGACUUACAAAACUGGGAGGUCGAAAUGAAAAGAAAAGAGGCCGCGUUAAACGGUGAAUUUGAACAGGACCUACCGCCAGUGAGGAGCAAGGCGCGAAAAGAAAAGCCAGUGCAAGAGAAAAAGGAGACUGCCAAACGGAUCAAGGCAUCAGACUACGGUGCUUGGGAAAAGUUUGAUGUUACUGACUCGUGGCAGGAGAAAGCAUGUGAAGAAGUUGACACAGCAGAAGUGGGGCCGACAUCCUUGGACAGCAAGAAGAGUCUGCCGGCGAAGAUGGAGAAACUGAGAGAGGAGGCACAGUAUGAGAAAGAGAGGGGUAACAGUUUUGUGAAACAAGAGAAGUGGGACGACGCCAUCGCGUGCUACAACCGCGCCAUCGAACUGGUCACCGACGACGCCAUCUACUACGCCAACCGCGGCCUGUGCCACCUCAAGAAAGACAGUCUGCACCAGGCCGAGGCGGACUGCACCGAGGCCCUGCGCUUGGACCCUACCUACGUCAAGGCGCUGCAGCGGCGGGCGGCGGCGCGCGAGCGGCUGGGCUCGCUGCGCGGCGCCAAGCACGACCUGCACGAGGUGCUGAAGCUGGAGCCGCACAACGCGGACGCGCGUCGCCAGCUCGGCGCCGUCGUGGCGCGGAUGGGCACCAAAGGGGCGAAGUCAAAAUCAUCGCCCACAUCGGAAAGCAACCCGAGCCCGCCAACCAAAGAGCGGCCCAAGAUAGUGGAGCUGCCGCCCAGCGCUGGGCAGCUGCGGCAGGAGGAGGGCGCGGAGCAGCGCUGGCGGGAGGGGCGCGGGGAGGAGGUCACCGUCAUCAAGCCGGUGAAGAAACCGCCGCAUUUGAGGUCCAAGAGGGCCCUCAGACACGUGCCCAUCCAAGAAAUCCUCCUCGGCAGAACGAUAGUAGACAAGCCGGCCACACGCCUCGAGAUAGUCGAGAUUGAAGACCACGCUCACGGCGACUCAAACAACAACGACUCAAACAAACUCAAACAAAACAGUGGCAUCGACUGUGACGGUGACAAAAAUAUCGGUGUCAUUGGUGAUCGGUUUGACCAAAUUGACCCAAAUUUGGUCAACAGUGAUAAGGUGUCAGCAAGCAUGGUGGCGCCGACGAACAGUGUUCAGUUUAUAUUGGAGUGGAAAUCUCUGAAAGGCAACGACGCUGCAAGGAGUGAUUAUUUAAGUAUCAUAGAGCCGUCGAAGCUGCCCGCGAUAUUCGAGAACGCGCUGGAGAGCGACGUGCUGGCCGACGUGCUGCGCGCGCUGCACGCCCACCCCGACACGUUCACCCGGCACGGCGUCGGCGAGUAUCUGCGGAGCCUCUGCCGAGUGAAGCGCUUCUCCGCGCUCGCCAUGUUCCUCUCCGCCACUGACAAGGAGUUGCUCAGGCACAUGCUGGCGCGGUGCCGGGCGGCGGCGCAGCUCAGUGACAGCGACGUGGUGGAGCUGAAGCACAAGUACGAGCUGUGAACUGUUGGGACUCGUGCCUUUUGUUCACUCUUUACUUUGUUUUUAAUGUAAACAUAAAAUAUGUUUCAACCAUUGACCUCUUAUAAUAAAAGGACGCACAAUCGUGUAGAAAAUUUCACUUAAAAACUGGCCAAUUUCGCUUUGUCAGGUAAAGAAAAUUAUACCUAAAGGCCUUUAAAUAUAGUCCAAUAUUCAAUAAAAUCCCAAAUUCAGAGCAAAUCCAACCUUAUGGACUGAGUUUGAGGUUUGCAAAUGCGACUACUUGAAUUGAGUGCCAAGAAGUUGUGUUUGGCACUCAUUGAGUAGGGACGUUUUUGGUCGCUGAUUGUGCAUCCACUUUUUUAUAGGAGAUCGAUGGUUUCAACAUGAAAGUAUUUUUUAUUAAAAUAUGAUACAUCCAUCACACACACACAAGUGCACACUGCCGUCGUAGUGUGAGAGCACAACCGACAGUACACUGAGAGAUUGGAGUUUAAAAUAUUAUUAAUUUGUCGCCAAAGAAAAGUAUGUUUAUUCAAAAAAUAUGUAUAUAUUACUUGAAAUGUAUUACCUACACAAAAUUGUAUAUUAAAACUUUGGUCCUCUUUAAACUCAACCAAAGUAAAUAAGCUAUUUUUUAAAAUAAAUGAAAAUUAUAUUAAAAAAUGUGUAAUUAUGUGUAAGUUUAUGGUAUCACUAAAAAUCUUGCAUGUAAAAUUUUUACCAAAAAUAAAACAUUAAUGGGCAUUUUCGUCAUUAAUGUUUAUAAUUGUUAGUUGUGACCUUUUCUCACGACGGCAGCGUUGUACACACAUGAUGUAUAUUUACAGUGCUGCAAGUGAUGGUGAUAAUAUUAGUUAACACUAAUGUGUAGUGUGUCAAAAGCGCUGAUGUUUGGCCGACAAACACGGCGUAUUACUUUUUGUUAUAACCAUCUCAUUAUAUACGAAACUGGCGCUUUUGAAGACGUUUCAUUUUAAACCUAUGCUCCGACUUAGAUGUAAAAAGUUUAUAUAUAAAUAUAAAUGUGUAAACAAAUUAAAUAUAGAUACGUCGACGAAAUAUACACCUAAUUUACUUGGAUUCCAAUUUUAGUUUGUCCAAAUUUAUAUACUUCACUUUUGUGUACUGUGUACAAGUAAUUUAGACUUUAAAGUCCUUGUUUUAAAACUUAAUUUCGUCUAUACUUGUAGCCGGUAGUCUUACAUCGAAUGUUUAAACUUGUAAGCCCUCAUUCGCACGAGAGUUUUUUUAACGCAUGUUAAAAAGUGCUCAAAUAUACUAUGAACUUGAAACAAGGUCAUUUUCCAACGUCCAAAAUUGAAAAUACAACUCUUCUCGAAAAAUAGCGUCGUGUUUCAAAAACGCUGUCGUGUGAAUAUAUACUUGUCAAUGCAUUUGUUUUAUUUGAACGUCUUUUUAACGUCCAUAAAAAACUGUCGUGCGAAUGGGGGCAAACGUCUGCUUGUCAAAUGACAUCGAUCUUAGAACAAAUACAUUAAUGUCAGAGUAACCUGUGCUCUAUUUCUGUUGUAUUAAAGUUACAGUUCCUAGAAUAAUGUAAGGCAGCGAUAUUCUGUUAUUCUGUCAGCGCGAUGUUUUUAUUAUAGUGCGAGAUCCGGCAUAUGAUAUAUAUACUCUCAUCUGUUAUUUAAUUGUGAUAAGAAAUAAAUGAAAAAUAAUAAUAAUAAAUACUCACAUUGCACGUAGAUUGCCUAGUUAAAUUGCGACCGUAUUAAAUGAUUAACUUUUUUUUCGAAGUCAGAACUGUCGAAGAACUUUUCCGCCUAGCCAUGGACAAGGACAAGUUUAGAAAGCUGACCGCAAACCUUCAGUAAUGAAGAGGCACUCUAAGAAGGUUGCCUUUGAUCAAGUUCAUGGUUUCUUACAUUUUGUAUAGAACUAUAUUUUGCCGCAAUUAAACUAGGCAACCUAUUUGCAAUGUGUCACGGUAAACUUUAUCUAUCAUAUAUUUCAUAGCACUAAUGAAAAACACAGACAACAACAAGACAGAUGAGGGUAUAUUUCUAAUGCCUGAUCUGAGACCAUCAAUUUCGAUCGAUAGAUAGAUUUAAUUGGACAAAGUUUUCCUUGAUUACUUGAUUUUAAAACUAGCAUGUUUGUAUUGUAAAUAUUCGUACGGUUUACAAAUUACAAUUGAAUUUUAAAAACGUCCUGAACCGUUUCGUGUUAUAUUAUUGUUCCGCUUUAUUGCCAAUCGCGAAAUGCCAUUUUUCGAAUAAAAAUUUUUUUUUUAGUCGUAGUCAGUGUCACUGUUUUCCUGCCUCAUGAAAAUAUCUGGAAAAAGAAAAUGUUAAAAUUAUUUUAUUGAAAAUAUUAAUAAAUUGCGUACGUUAACUUAGAAAGAAAAUAAACUAUAAUUUGUGUAUAAA